AUCAAAGUAACAUAGUAAUUGCGCUGUAAUGUGUAAUCCACAAUCAGUUAUCCACUAAACAGUUAUUCAUAUUUUUUCCCUUCUUGCAGUCAUGGCUGGAUGGAUGAGUGAUCUAACCUCAUCCCUCAGCUUGUUCUUGAACCAAGAGGAUUCUGUAGUGCGAACAGUGGAGGUGAUCAAAAACAUUGGAGUCUGUUCAGCUGAGGACCUUAAGUAUGUGGAGGCAGAUGACCUUGCAGCAGUCCUGAUGCCAAUAGAGGUCAGGAAAGUUAUGGCCUGUAUUAAAAAUUUAGUGACUAGAGUGGAAGAUAAAUCCUCCUCAAUAUCUACUAGCCACAUUGAAGAAUCCAGCAUUGAGGAAUCAUUCAUGAGUGACGAUAUGCUGAGUGAUGAUAUUCACAUGAGUGUUCACUCCACACCGAAAUCCACUGCUACAAGCAGUGCAGCUUUGGUCAGAGCCUCGCCUACUGCAUCAGAGAGCAGGUUCAGAGAAGAUAAUAGCUGGCAUUACAGCUUUGACAUACCCUGGAGUAAGAUGCCCUCCAGUACAAGUAAACUGUUGGAUACUGGAAAGAGGCCUUCUGCAGCACAGAGAAGGGAGAUUAAUUGGAUUGUGGCUGGUGAAAUACUGACUGUCUGCAAGACACCAGGAAGAAACACCUUACUGAAAUUUCAAGGAAGAUGGUAUUUCGCUACCCAAAAUCCUUCCAAGAUGAGAUUGAGGGUCAGAUUGUCGGCACUGGGUAUGACUCUCUUGUAAAACAGUUCACAUCUAGGCUAGAUAAUUGCAGACGACUCCAAGCUGCUUCUGCCCAGAAAAGGCUUCCUGAAAGUAGCAGCCCUCACGAUGCGAAGAGAGUGUGCAAAGAUGCAUAUGGGUGUAUUAACUCUGAGCCAGAGCUUCCUCCUAGUGAAACAAAACAAUUGCAAAAGCAAAAACAAGAAGAACUCAUUAAGAUUUUCAAAAACAAAGACAAAGUUGUAAAAAAAAUAGAAAGACUGAUGGUGGACACGUUUCCCUCACAGAGGAGAGACAUACUAUCAGGACUGAAACAGACGGAAGAGAUUCUUAAGGAAUGGCCUUUCCUCUGCCAGGAAGAUGGAAUGAGGCUUCAUUUCAGAGAACUAACAGGUGUCCACUUAGAUGACAUCUUUGAAGAGUCCACAGCCACCAAGUUCAGAAGAAU